AUGGCACCCACAAACCCAUCUCACCACCUUCUUGCUCGCACACCAGCUCCGCCCACUCCCUGCGCCGGCUGCCUCGACCCCACCAAAGUAAACAACAAAGUCUACUUUUCACUAUUCGCUCUCAUCUUUGCAGCAAUCGUCAUCGCCUCCAUCUGGUUCUUCUUCCACGCCAAAAACGGCGGGUUCCACUGGCAACAAGGCGACUUCGAAGACUGGAAAUCUACAGUUCUGCGACGCAAAGACGCAAAUGGGAAUACGAUUUACUCGGCUCGAAGUGUGGUUUCUCGCCCGAGUAAGGCGGAGAGACUUGCAGCAAGAUCAGUGGUUGGCUAUGAUGAAAAAGGCAGAAAAGGCAUUAUGGCUAUUAGGGGAUUUGGAGGUAGUCAUUCUGUGUAUUACUCUGAUGGGUUUACGCAGUAUUCGGGUGAUGAUGCGUUGACCUCUGUCUCGAGGAACAACGAAAAGAAACCGAAGAUUAGAGGUGGAUACAUGGAAGCUCCUACUUCGACUGACCAUUCUCGCCGCUACCGCGACCGCGAUCUCCGCGACUACAAACACGAGAAACCUGCCAGAGUGGGAGGUAUGAAUAGAUCUGCAGAUGGCACACAGUACGACUACUCAGAUCGCAGCGAGACCGUCUCGCAAGUCACUGAGUCAACGUCUUCUGCGGCACCUAUUCUCGCUUCCUCGGAUCGCAAGCGCCAAAAGGCAGAAAAGAAAGCUGCGGAAGAUGCUGCAAGAAUGGAAAGAAAAUGGCGCAAAGAAGCCGAACGCGCCGCCGCCGCACUCGCAAAAGAAAACGCCUCUUCUGUUCCUCCCUCUGCUGCAAAAAAGACAUCUCCACCUGCCAAAUCCCAAACUCCCAGAAGUGCAAAGAGAGGAGAAAGCCGCAGCCGCUCAUCCAGCCCAAAGAAACAUUCCACGCCUAGGCAAAGAGACUACUCCUUCUCAGGCGGCCCAGAUGAAGUCAGCACAACCUACACCGCAAGCUCGACCAACAGAACAACAAGCAGUUAUUACGAUGCAUAUCGACCUUUAGCUCAACAAGCCUCGCCUGAACACCAACGUCGCGAUCGCAGAGCUUCGUCCAGCAGAAGAAACACCUCAGCAUCUCCUUCUAAACAACACAGGAGUUCGAGGUAUACUUAUGCCGAGAGCGAGGCUACUGCCAGUACAGACAGAAGCGGAGGCAGGUAUGAGAGAAUCAGAGGCGGUGAAAAGAAGAGCAGAGGAAGAGAUGUCAUGGCUGGAUAUCGUAGGGGCAUGGAUAGUUUGGCUAGUGAUUCUGAGUAA